GAGGAGGAGAGGGUGGGUCGCUCGCUCGCUGUGUCUCCUGUCAGGCUCGGCAGGCUGACGGCGGGCAGGAGCCCCGGCGCUCCCGGGCACCAUGAUCCUGUGGCUGUGCCUCUGCUGGGGCUUCUCCCGCUCGGCGGCACAGCCCGACUCCGAGCUGAUGGCCAGGUACCUGGAGGAGCAGCUGCUGGCCGACUACAGCAUCGUGGAGCAGGUUGCUCGCCGAGUCCCAAGACAGGCCAAAUUCCUGCAGAGGCUGGAAACCAGGCCUCGGAUGUCUGAGUUCCACGUGAGGUCCACGAUCAUCUCCCGCUAUGCCUUCACCACCGUGUCCUGCACCAUGGUCAACAGCGGCUCCGAGGCACGGGAAGCUGUGUUUGAGAUGCAGAUCCCAGCUGCAGCUUUCAUCUCCAACUUUACCAUGAGCAUUGGCAACAAGACUUAUUAUGGAGAGGUCACGGGGAAGGAAAAUAAAAAUGGCACCGAUGACAAAGAAAGGCAAAAGAAACCUCCAAGCCCCACAGAAGGAAGGGAGAACGGCUAUGAGACAUUCAAGGCCUCUGUCUUCAUUCCCCGCAAGAUGCAGGCCAGGUUCAUUCUGCAUUACGAGGAGCUCCUGCAGAGGAGGCUGGGGAAAUACGAGUACACCGUCAGCAUCCGGCCCCAGCAGCUGGUGGGGAGGCUGAAGGUGGAGGUGAACAUCCUGGAGAACUCAGGAAUUGUGUCCCUGGAGGUGCCUCCCCUAAGGAACAGCAGGCAGAAAGGCAAUGGGAAAGCUGAAGGUGAUGUGUCUCCUCCUCCCUCUACUGUCAUUGGGCACACCAAAACCUUAGCUAAGGUUACAUUCAACCCCAGUGUUGUUGAGCAAACCAGGAUCGCCCGAAAUGGAAUUUUGGGAGACUUCAUCAUUAGAUAUGAUGUCAGCAGGGAGCUGAGUGUUGGGGAUGUUCAGAUCCUCAAUGGAUAUUUUGUGCACUACUUCGCCCCCACAGACCUUCCUCCCCUGCCAAAGAACGUGGUGUUCGUGCUGGACAGCAGCGCUUCCAUGGUGGGCACGAAGCUGAAGCAGACCAAAGAAGCUCUCUUCACAAUUCUCCAGGACCUAAGGCCUGAAGACCACUUCAAUAUCAUUGGCUUUUCCAACCGAAUCAAGGUCUGGCAGCAGGACAGGCUGGUGCCAGUUACUCCAAAUAACAUCAGGGAUGCCAAAAAGUACAUCCAUAACAUGUCACCCACUGGAGGGACUAAUAUCAACGGGGCUCUGCAGACCGGGGCAAAGCUGCUGAAUGAUUACAUCGCUCAGAACGACAUCGAUGCCAGGAGCGUGUCCCUGAUCAUCUUCCUCACGGAUGGGAGGCCAACUGUGGGGGAAACCCAGUCCUCCAAAAUCCUCAGCAACACCAAGGAGGCCAUCAGGGAUAAAUUCUGCCUCUUCACCAUCGGCAUUGGCAACGACGUGGACCACAAGCUGCUGGAGAGGAUGGCGCUGGAGAACUGUGGCAUGACAAGGCUUUUCCAGGAGGAUGAGGAUGCAGCCAGCCACCUCAAGGGGUUUUAUGAUGAAAUAGGGACACCCCUUCUCUCUGACAUCCGUGUUGACUACCCUGAAGAUGAUGUGGAGCAGGUCACCCAGAACUUCUUCCCCAACUACUUCAAUGGCUCUGAAAUUAUCAUAGCCGGCAAACUCAUCAACCGCACCUCGGAUAAACUCCACGUGGAGGUGACUGCCAGCAAUUCCAAGAAGUACAUCCUGCUCAAAACAGAUGUGGCUAUUGACCUGCCCAGCAGAAAUGACAUCAGGGGUGUCCCUGGCCUGGAGGAUGGCAAAGGUGGCAACAACUACAUUGAGAGGGCGUGGAGUUACCUCACCAUCAAGGAAUUGCUCAACUCGCGGCUGAAGAGUGAUGACAUUCAGGAAAAGGAUAAGUUGAUGGAGAAAGCCAAGUCCAUGGCCCUGGCUUACAAUUUUGUUACCCCCUUCACUGUUCUGAAGAUGAAAGAGGCUGGACUCCCCUCGGGCCCUCAGGAGGAGUUUAUCAGCCCUUCCACUGAUGGCAUCGGGGAAAAGGUGCAGAGCCUGCAGGGGCACAAGGCCCCACCAGGUAUACGCAGAGGGCAAGAUAAACAGAGGAUUAAAAUCUCCAAAACUUCAGCGGAUGGGGACCCUCACUUCGUCAUUGAUUUUCCCUCCAGCAAGUUCUCUGUCUGCUUCAAUAUUGAUGGAGAACCAGGGGACAUUCUCAGGCUGGUCUCUGAUCACAAGGAAUCUGGUGUAACUGUGAAUGGACAAUUAAUUGGAGCUCCCGCACCACCCAAGGGCCACAAGAAGCACCGGACUUACUUCAGCACCAUCACCAUCCUCAGCAAUAAGCCAGAGAGGUCUUACCUGGAGAUCACACCCAAGAGGGUCAUCCUGGAUGAUGGGGAGAGGCUUGUCCUGUCCUGUGGCCGGAGUGCUGUUGUGAGGAGCAGGAGCCUGGAGGUGUCCAUCUCUGCCUACUCCAACAUCACCGUGACCAUCCGGGACUCCAUCAGUUUCGUCAUCCUCAUCCACCACUACAAGAAGCCAGCCCCGUACCAGAGGAAUCACCUGGGGUUCUACAUUUCCAACAGUAAAGGCCUCUCUUCUGACUCCCAUGGGCUCCUGGGUCAGUUCUUGAGCCAUGAAGUAAAGCUUCUUCAGGAAUCCCUAAACACAAGUCAUCAGGAGGCCGGGCAGAACCAAACGGAGGCGUUGAAGGCCAACCCUACAAACACCCUGAAGGUGAAGGGGAGGCUGGUUCCUGUGGUGUGGAAGCAGAGGAGGAUCUACAAUGGCCAGCAGGAAGUGGAGUGCUGGUUUGCCAAGAACAACGCGGACAAACUGAUCGAUGGGAGCUACCAGGACUAUCUGGCUUCCCAUCCCUUCGACACAGGGACCAGCUUUGGGACAAUCAACAGCCUUUAGGACUGGUCACAGCAAUGCACUGCAGCAGCACGUGGGACAGCAGGUCCCUUCUGAAGCCUUUUCUAGGCAACUUAUGAGUAUUUCCUUACCUUUUGGUGCCAAAGAAACCGAGGAUUUUGUCCUUGGAAAUCAGCUGUAUCCCUUUCAUGCUAAAUGAACGCUCAUCAAAUUCCUGAAGAAAAGGAAGGCUGGGGGAAAGGACGUGGUUAAAGGCAUGAUUGAUGCUCUCUCAGUGGGAAGGGAGGGAGAAAUAAGCCAGUGAACAGUGCAGAGGCUGCUGGCCUUAAAAUAAACCCAUGCAGGAUCUGUGCAAUA